GAAGGAUUCGCUUCCCAGAUAUAGUUUAUCAACUUAACGCUUCUGCAGCAUGCAUGGGAAAGGUUUCUGCACAAAUAAUUAUCAGCGACUAUAUCCCCACGAACUCCCCAAUGAAAUUUGAGAGUCUGACACUGGCUGCAUUAUUUUGAUAUUUUUGUUGGUCAUUGCUAUCUUUGCCUAGUAAUUGACGUCAGGCUACCAAGACCAUCUCGGAACAGUCGGUUUGAUCGCAUUCUGCUGUUCACACAACUUUGUCUCAUCAAUUUUUCCUGCCCCAAACACCUCUAACAAAAUACAUCCUGCGAAGGAGCAAACAACUACUAUGGACUCUAAACGUGUGCGAUAUGAUCAGCUCCCACUUGAAGAAAAUUCCAGUCCGCCGGAGACAAGAAAGACCACCUCAAUUACGAGAAGACUCAUUCAAGGUUUUCUGUGUGUAGCUGUCCUAGCAUCAAUCAUCAUUGGUAGCAUCUGGGCAUGGUCUCACAAACACCCCAAUCUACCUCAAUACAUCGACUGCGGCUCCUCGACCGAAGAAGCUAUCUCCAAAAACUGUGUUAUGGAACCCAUGAUAUACGGUUGGAUACCACGUGAAUGUUACUUCGCCGAUCUCAGUGCACAGUAUUCCCCAUUCGAAGACAGAGAGUGGUACACAGACGACACCUAUACAGUGCGAAUACCCCCCGCAGACUUAUGGGCGGGAAAGAACAAACACGCUUUUACGCACAUGUAUCACUCGACGCAUUGUUUUUUCCUCUGGAGGAAAUUGGCAUUGGGGAUUGCGAGGAGAGCGGAUUAUUUGGAUGACAAAAGUUUGGAUUUGGAGCAUUCGGAUCACUGUUCCGAGGUUUUGGAUCACUAUGGAGGGGAAACGAGUAAUUCGACGAAUGAUGUUUAUUUGGGAUUUCAUAGGUGUGAGAGGUUGGCUUGGGUGUAGAAAUGAUGUAGUGAAAGAAAGAUUUUGAAAGAGAAGAAACUAUGCCUUGCAAUUUUGUUGCGGGAUGAAAGCUUGAGGUUGUCGAUCGGAUUUUUCACAUCUGCAUUGAAACCAGAGUCAAUGAAAAAUAGUCAUUUGUUCUUUUGACAAUAGAGUUUAGGUUCUGUAAAAACA